UUCCAGCAACCACAUGGUGGCUCAAAACCAUCUGUAAUGGGAUCUGAUGCCCUCUUCUGGUGUGUCUGAAGACAGCUACAGUGUACUUGUAUAUGAUAAAUAAAUAAAUCUUUAAAAAAAAAGAAAAAGAAUGUAUGUGUGUAUUAACAAAAUUAGUCUGGGGUUGGGGAUUUAGCUCAGUGGUAGAGCGCUUGCCUAGGAAGCGCAAGGCCCUGGGUUUGGUCCCCAGCUCCAAAAAAAAAAAAGAACCAAAAAAAAAAAAAAAAAAAACCAAAACAAAACCAAAAAAAAAACCCCAAAAUUAGUCUGUAUGUACAUAUAUGUGUUUAUAUAAAAGUGUACAUAUGGGGGGUUGGGGGAUUUAGCUCAGUGGUAGAGCGCUUGCCUAGCGAGCACAAGGCCCUGGGUUCGGUCCCCAGCUCCGAAAAUAAGAAAAAGGAAAAAGAAAAAGGAAAAAGAAAAAAAAAGUGUACAUACAACUGGUCAUUUCCUGAGAUAGACUUGAUCUACCUUUAAUUUAUCUUUGCAUUUAUUGUUUUAGUUAUCACAAAUACGGUUUUGACCAAGGUGUUACAGGGUUUUCCUUCCUAUCUACUCCUCCGUAUCCGUAUUUGUUACUGGGAGCACACUAUCUUUGUAUGAAAACGUCUGGGAUCUCACAUGCUAACUGCCACAAGGACUGAGCAUCCCACACACAGCUGUGUGAUACAAACUUUUGCUAACAUUUAUCUGCCUGGACUUUACUGACACUUCCCACUAUUUAUUUGCUGGGUCUUUUCGAGGGACCAUAGAGGUUCUCUAGAGUCACAGAACUUAUGGAAUGUCUCCAUAUAUUUAAAGGGAAUUUAUUGUAAUGACUUAGUCUGCAGUCUAACUAACCAAACAAUGGGCAGCUGUGAGUGGAAGUCCAAGUAUUUAGUAGUGGCUCAGUCCCACUCUGUCUUCUGUAUGAGCUGGAAGAAGUUAGUUCAUUCCCACAGAUGUGUUGGCAAAGUGCAAGCAGGCAAAGAAUAGAGAGCUUUCCCUCUUCCAUUGUUCUUACGUAGGCCUCCAGCAGAAAAUGUGGCCCAGAUUAAAGGUGUAUACCAUCACACCUGCACCUUGAACUCAGAGAUCUGAUUGCUUCAGUCUCCUGGGAUUAAAGCCAUAUACUACCUUGCCUGGGCCUCAAAGUUUUCAUGGUCACUAUGCCUCAAAAUCUCUAUGUCAAGAUACAGGUCAGAAGCCUGUGUCUUCCAGCAUCAAGAUCUGGAUCCCAGCUGUAUCCUCCAUUUCUGGAUGUUCAUUCCAGAUGUAGUCAAGCUGGCAAUCAGGAGUAGCCAUCUGAGACCACAAAUACUCCUUGAGAUAGCUUUUGCUGAGCCCUGGUCAAUCCCAAGCUCAAAAGCAUUCUCAGGACUCUGAGGGAGAAGGAUUGCCAAAAAAGUGAGACCACCCUAGGCUAAAGAGAGAUCCUGCCUCAAGAGGGGAAAAGAGCAGUUGCUUGGUAGAGCACAAACUUAGCAUGUGCUAGGCCCUGGGGCUCUAUAUUCAGCACCACCCACCUAUAUGUCUCCCCCUAUUUUUAUUCAAGCAGUUUUUCUAAUGCCUUCAGAACGGCACUGUUUUGUCUCUAAAGUGGCAGUGUUCAAUAGAAGUAUAAGGCAUGCACUCGGGAGGCAGAGGAAGAGUUGAAAGGAGCCCAAUCUACACCACUAGAGCCUAGCUUAAAACAAAACAAAACAAGACAUGUAUGCUUUUAAUCCUAGUACCCAGGAGAUAGAGGCCAGUGGGUCUCUUUAUGAGUCCAAGGCCAGCCUGAUCUAUUGAGUUCCAGGACAGCACCAAGUGCACAGAGAGACCCUGUCACAAAAAAAGGAAUAAGAUACAAAUUACUAUAACUUGUAUUGUUUAUACAUGUUCCUGUGUGUGCCUGCAUGCUUGUUCACAUGUAUGGGGGUCUGUAGAGCCAGAUGUCAACAUUACGUAUUUUUUUCAAUGACUCCAUACCUUGUUUUUCAAGACAUUUUCUGCUACUAAACCCAGAACUCAGUGAUUCAUUAGACUAGCUGAGCAGCAAACUCCAGGGAAUCCUCUCAUUUCUGUCUUAACCGCCAUGUUGUUAGGAUUACAGGCAAAAACUGCUGCACCCAGCUGUUUUUGGACAGGGUCUAUCUGGCCCUGGCUGUAUAGACUAGGUUGGCCUCACACUCACAGAGAUUCACCAGCUUCUGCCUCUCCAGUGCUGGAUUAAAGCCGUGGACUGUCAUUCAUGCUCUGCUCUGCACCUUGCUUUUUAUUUGGGUACUGGAGAUCCAAAGUCAGGCCCUCAAGCUUUCAUAACAAGCUCUAUACUGAGUCAGCUCCCCAUUUUUCUCCAUAAGUAAUUCUAAUUGUCACCCAUGUUCAGAAGGUUUUAAAACAAGAAAUUUUAAUAUAUUUUAUUUAACCCAGCAUGCCAAAAAAUACUCCGCUAUGUAAUUAAUAUUAAAAGAUUUUUCCCCAUACAAGGUCUGAAAUGUGCAUUUUACACCUGUAUUACAUUCCCAUUUGAAGAAUGCAAAGCUACAUGUAGCCAGCAGAAAGUUAAUGAACAGUACAGUCCUGAUGAACGCACGUACUGUGACUAACCUACAGUUUCUAACAUUAAAGCUCUUCUUUGGUUUGCUUCUUUUUCUUCAUCAACACUUCUUUUUUUUUUUUAAGAUUUAUUUAUGUAUAUGAGUACACUGUCACUGUCUUCAGACACACCAGAAGAGGGCAUCAGAUCCCACUACAGAUGGUCGUGAGCCACCAUGUGGUUGCUGGGAAUUGAACUCAGGACCUCUGGAAGAGCAGUCAGUGCUCUUAACCGCUGAGCCAUCUCUCUAGCCCACAUUAGCACUUCUAAAUUGGCCUGUAAUUUAAUUUUAAGAGGCUGAGGGCCAGGCAGUGGUGGUGUGGCACACGCCUUUCUUUAAAACCUGCACUCAGGAAGCAGAGGCAGGCGGAUCUCUAGAAUUUGAGGACAGCCAGGGCUACACAGAGCAACUCUGCGUGUGUGUGUGUGUGUGUGUGUGUGUGUGUGUGUGUGUGUGUGUGUGUUAAUAAUAUAGCAUAUAGCAAGCACUUGAAACAGUGCCGGGAUCAUCAUAAAUGUACAGUACAGUACACGUCAGCUAUUAUUCUAGUAAUCCCGUUCCGUUACAGUAGGCUCCGAGGUUAAACACAAGGCAGGCGCAGAAAUUCUGAAGAGGCGUUACCUGAAGGCUGAAGUUGGGCAUUUAGGAACUCCCUCAGGCCUUUAUGAAACUGGCACCUACUCCUGGGCAGCCCAACCUCGAGUGAAGUGCGGCUCAUUCGGUAACCGGGGAAACGGAGCCACUGAAACCGGACUCCUCGACUCUCCAACUUCCCAGAGUCCAUGACUCUGGAGGACAUACCCACCAGCCGGAUGCUCAAGUGGAGGCGUUAGGCUAAGCGCCCAGCCGCCCGUGGGGGCGUGACGCACGCAGGUCCCACCCACUAUACGUACCGCGGCCCCGCAGCCAAUCCGGAAACGCGUAUUGGGUUCAAAUAGAGGCGGCGGGUGAAUGUGGCGUUUUCGACUUGGUCAGAUAAGUGGUCUAAUUAAAGAUGUGGAGGGUGAAAACACUGAAUCUCGGCUUGUCGCCUUCGCCCCAAUCGGGGAAACCAGCUAUGAGAACUCCUCUCCGAGAGCUUAAACUACAGCCCGAGGCCCUCGCUGAUUCAGGGAAAGGUCCUAUGUUCUCCUCGCUGACCCCAUACCUGCGCAGGCUGGAUCUGAAGGAAAGGCGCAACAGCUCAUCUCCAGUGAAUUUUGUUAAUGCAGAGAACUCAUCUCCAGUGGAUUUUGUCAAUACUGAGAACACAUCUCCAGUGGAUUUUGACAAUACUGAGAACAACUUCCUUUCAGAACAGUUCAGCCAUCCUUCAGAGUACAUAGAAGCUUGUCAGCGUGAAUCAGAUCUAACUCCUGAAAGCAGCUCUCCUUUCAACACACUGGAGAAGGCAGUGGAAGCAAUGGAUGAUUUUGUGGCAGAACCAAUAGAUGACGGUAUAGUUAAGACCAUGGUUCUUUUACCCUUUUCCUUAGGGCAGCAGCAAGACCUGAUGCUCCAGGCUCACUUAGAUACCACAGCAGAGAGAAAUAAAAGCUCUCUAAAAGAAUCUUUGGGGCUAGAAGACCUGGUGGAAAAGGAGGCGGCACCUUGUGUGGAAGACAGCUUACCAGAAACUGUUGCUAUCAGGCCUGAGCAACCCAUCUCUCAGGACCCUCCAUUAAGAGACAGUAACACUGAAGCUGCACCUGCGGGCUCAGUUCCUUCUGAAAAUGUCUUGGAUUUCACUGUGGCUUGUCUCUCUCCCUCAACUGUCUUGACCAAAGAUUUCUCUGUCGAUCAUGUCGAUCCUGGGGAGGAAACUGCAGAGAACAGAGUUAUACAGGAAGUGGAAAAGAGUUUUCUCGCACUCCCUGAGGAGGCUGGAUUGGGAGAUCAGGCACUUGCUGUAAAUGCAGAAGACGUCUCAUCCUUAUACCUGUCAUCAAGUCUAGUAGAAAUGGGACCCCAGGAGGCUCCAGGCCCAACAGCAGAAGAUGCCAGUAGGAUUCCUGACUUGGAGUCAGAGACUUGGAUGUCCCCAUUGGCCUGGCUAGAAAAAGGUGUGAACACGUCAGUCAUGCUACAAAGUCUCCGCCAGAGUUUACCCUUUUCAAAAUCUGUGCUUCAGGAUGCUGCCGUUGGCAAUACACCCCACUCCACUUAUUCUGUGGGAACUUCCUUUACUCCUCCAGUGCCACUGGAAGUAGGCACCAAGGACAGUACUUCAGAGACAGAGCGCCUCCUCUUGGGCUGCCGUCCUCCAGAUCUGGCAGCCUUGUCCCGGCACGACUUGGAAGAGAACCUGUUGAACGCCCUUGUCUUGCUGGAAGUUCUUUCUCACCAGCUGCAAGCCUGGAAGAGUCAGCUGACUGUCCCGAGCCGGCAAGCUCAAGACAGCAGCACACAGACCGACAGCUCUGCAGCUGUGGUCACUAAGACACCUAAACAUCUUCAGGACAGCAAGGAGAUUCGACAGGCUCUACUGCAAGCCAGGAAUGUCAUAUCUCAGCGUGCAGAGACCCUGGUUUCCUCCUGUUCUCGUGUACUGAAGAAAUUGAGGGCAAAGCUCCAGAGCCUCAAAACAGAAUGGGAGGAGGCACGGCACAGGGAGGAAAUGGCCCUUAAAGGCAAGGAUGCGGCAGAGGCAGUACUGGAGGCUUUCCGUGCACACGCUAGCCAGCGCAUCAGCCAACUGGAACAGGGUAUCACAUCUGUGCAGGAAUUCAGAGGCCUUCUACAGGAGGCACAGACCCAACUGAUAGGGCUUCACACAGAGCAAGAAGAGCUGGCUCAGCACACAGUGAGUCUGACUUCUGCCUUGCAGCAGGACUGGACAUCAGUCCAACAGAAUUAUGGGACAUGGGCAGCUUUGCUGAGUCGGUCUCGAGAACUCACCAAGAAACUCACAGCCAAGAGCCGGCAAGCCCUUCAGGAACGUGAUGCUGCAAUUGAGGAAAAGGAUCAGGUUGUGAAGGAAGUGGAACAAGUCUCUGCCCAUUUAGAGGACUGUAAAGGCCAAAUAGAACAACUGAAGUUGGAAAAUAGUCGCCUUACUGCAGAUCUCUCGGCUCAGCUGCAGACUCUGGCUAGCACAGAGAACGAACUAAAGGAACUACAGAGUCAGCAUUCCCAUUGUGUCCAAGACUUGGCCAUGAAGGAUGAACUGCUGUGUCAACUUACCCAGAGCAACAAGGAACAGGCUGCUCAGUGGCAAAAGGAAGAAACGGAACUGAAACACAGACAAGCAGAACUGCUGCAGCAGAAGGCUGUGUUGGCUAAGGAGGUACAGGACCUGAGGGAGACCAUGGAGUUUGUAGAUGAAGAGAGUCAAGUUGCUCACCUGGAGCUGGGCCAGAUCGAGAGUCAGUUGAAAGCCACACUAGAAGUUCUGCGGGAGCGCAGCCUGCAGUGUGAGACCCUCAAGGACACCGUGGAGAGCCUGAGGGCAGAGCUGGCCAGCACCGAAGCAAAGCAUGAGCAACAAGCGCUGGAGAAGACGCACCAGCAUUCUAAAGAGCUGUGUCUAUUGGCGGAGCAGCUACAGAGUCUCACCCUCUUCUUAGAGGCUAAACUAGAGGAGAACAAGGCAGAAUCAGACAUCAUUCUGCCCAGCACAGGCUGUGCUCCAGCCCAGGAACACCCUCCUUCCAGUGAUAGCAGCGUCUCAGAACAGAUCCCGACAGCAGUGGUAGAUGAAGUGCCAGAACCAGCUCCUGUGCCAUUGCUUGGAAGUGUUAAGAGUGCUUUCACCCGCGUAGCCUCAACAGCUCCCUUUCGGCCUACAGAGACCCCAGCCCUGGAGAAGAGCCUGGCAGAAAUGAGUGCUGUGUUACAGGAGCUUCAACGCCUCUGUGCCCUGCUGCAAGAAUCUAAAGAGGAAGCCGUUGGUGUCCUGCAGAGGGAAAUCUGUGAACUGCACACAAGACUACAGGCCCAAGAAGAAGAACAUCAGGAAGCCCAAAAGGCAAAGGAAGCAGACAUAGAGAAGUUGAACCAGGCCUUGUGCUUGCGCCACAAGAAUGAGAAGGAACUCCUGGAAGUGAUACAGAAGCAGAACGAAAAGAUCCUGGGGCAGAUAGACACGAGUGGCCAGCUCAUAAACCUCAGGGAGGAGGUGACCCAGCUUACACGUUUACUUCGGCGGGCAGAGACAGAGACUAAAGUGCUCCAGGAAGCCCUGGAAGGCCAGGUAGAUCCCAGCUGUCAGCUGAUGGCUACUAACUGGAUCCAGGAAAAAGUGUUUCUCUCGCAGGAGGUGAACAAACUGAGGGCUAUGUUCCUGGAGGUGAAAAAUGAGAAGAAACAGCUGAUGGACAAGUAUCUGAGCCAUAGGCACAUCCUGGAGGAGAAUCUUCGGCGCUCUGACACAGAGUUAAAGAAACUUGAUGACACAAUUCAGCAUAUCUAUGAGACUCUGUUGUCUAUCCCAGAGGUAGUGAAGAGUUGCAAGGAGCUACAAGGAUUGCUAGAAUUUCUGAGCUAAGAAAGAAGAUACUGGAAGGCAGUGGUGUGUACCUGUAGUCCCAGCUGCUCCAGAGGCCGAAGCUGAGGACCGCCUAAUCCCAGGAGGUUGGGACUAACCUGACAUGGACAACACAGCAAAAAACCUGGAAGAUAAUUCCACUCCACUCUGGUUUCCUUCAGGAUCCCUUAUCCCAAUAAUAAACCAAUUGGCAUGGAGCCGACUAUGUUUUAUGCUAUUUAAAUAAAGUGUAUUUAAUGUA